GAUGCGUGCAUCUCGUGGCAUGACAUAGCGGAAUGUAUGCAGUAUCCGACGUGUACAUUGCGCUACGUGCGAUGAAGGCUGCGUUGUGGUGCAUGAUGUAAGUGAAUGCGUACGAGUUGCAAACGAACGCAGACCUGUCGGCGGCUUGGCCAUCACCAGGUACCUAUACCGUACGCGUUGUGUGUGUGUGCAAGGUCGUUGUUCCAUGAUUGUGCUCACGGCAUGCUGGUCAUCGAAUCGUGCUGAAAACCACGAACGGGUAAAAAAGAGACAGCUCUUUCCUCUGGGGUUUGGGGGCUGCGUCACCAGUAUUUUUCAGACAGUAAUCUCUGAAGACUCAAUCAAGAAUGGACCAUCUUUGGAGGAUUUGCGUAGUGAUGUCCUUAGUGAUCACAGUGUACGGCAAUGGCAAGCGACCAAACAUUGUCUUCAUCUUGACAGAUGACCAGGAUGUAACCAUGAACGGAAUGACCCCUUUAGUCAACACAGUCAGUCUCAUCGGCAAACAAGGCAUUACGUUCAACAAUAUGUUUGUAAGCAGCCCCCUUUGCUGCCCAAGCCGGUCAAGCAUCUUCACCGGAAACUAUGUCCAUAACCACAAGACUCUCAAUAACUCCAUAUCAGGGGGCUGCAGUAACAAGAAUUGGCAAAGUGGGCCAGAGAGGAGCACCUUUGCUACAUACCUGAAAGGCAUGGGGUACAGUACGUUCUUCGCUGGCAAGUACCUCAACCAGUAUGGUACCAAACUUGCUGGCGGAGUGUCACACAUACCACCGGGUUGGGAUGAAUGGAAUGGCCUGGUGAAGAAUUCAAAGUAUUACAACUAUACCCUAUCUGUGAACGGCAAAGCAGAGCAGCAUGGAGAUGAUUACCAUCAUGAUUAUCUGACAGAUCUCAUUAACAACCGAUCACAUGAGUUCUUAGAAAAGCAAAGCGAGUCAACUCCGCCCUUCUUUGUCAUGGUAUCCACCCCCGCAUGCCAUGCCCCUUUUGACUCAGCCCCUCAGUACGUCCAAAACUUUACCAAGAAUGCAGCCCCCAGGGGCCCCAGCUUCAAUAAAGCAGGCAAGGACAAACAUUGGUUGAUCAGACAUGCACCAAAUCCAAUGGCCAAGAGUUCUGUCACAAUCCUUGAUGACGUCUUCCGGAAACGAUGGAGAACCCUUCUUUCCGUUGAUGACAUGGUCAAGAACAUUGUGGACACCUUAGAUAGCAAGAAGCUCCUUGAUUCCACAUACAUCAUCUUCACCUCAGACAAUGGUUAUCAUCUAGGCCAAUUUUCACUUCCAAUGGAUAAGCGACAAUUGUACGAGUUUGACAUCAGGGUGCCCCUGCUGGUUCGUGGUCCCAAGAUUAAGGCUGGCACCGUGACGGACCACAUCGCCGUGAAUAUUGACAUCAUGCCAACGAUAGUACAUCUAGCUGGUGACCCAGCCCCACAGAAUGUAGACGGGAUAUCACUGGUGCCCAUUUUGAUUCCAAACAUAACAGAAUCAGAUGAAGAUAAACGUGACUGCCUUACUAAGAACAAAGAAGAAAAUACAGUUGAAGAUUGUCCCAACACAGAUCCACACACAUCGCCUGCGGGGAGUCGGGAUUUCUUGAUAGAACACUCGGGAGAGUGGUUGCCACAUGGAGAUUUUGGUUGUAAAAAUACUGACCUUUGUGCUCAAUGUUACCCUGACUGUGUGUGUGAAGAUAGCCGAAACAACACAUACAGCUGCCUACGGCAUAUAGACACUAAGUCCAACUAUGAGUAUUGCGAAUUAAAGGACGAGGAGUCUUUCCAAGAAUACUAUGAUCUGAAUAAAGACCCUCACCAGCUGACCAAUACCAUCAAGUCGGUCAAACCGCCCGACCUGGCUGCCAUGCACAAACUGCUAGUCCUGCUUCAACUCUGCAAGGGAGACAACUGUCGUCAGCUCAUCCCACCACACACAAGACAUUAGAGGGCGGUGUUCCCCGGGGUUUGGCGAUAAGAGGGCAGGCCACUCCACAAAAGUUAAUGCCAUCCUAAUGAAGUUGUGCUGCUCACCGUUACUGUGCAAGGUUUUGUGUGCUGCUUGCUUCAAAUAAAAUUAUAAAAUAGCACCUUCAAGGACUUUUUAUCUUGACAGCUAUGCAAAAUCUGCAGACUUGUGCUGUUAAAAUAGGUAAGUGCUAAAGUGUUCUUUCAGAGUCGAAAGAGGUACCUUCUGUGUUCCGGAAGAAAUGUCCUCUUUUUUCCCACAAUGCAGACCUGCUAUGAAAACUUUUUGCACCCUCACCCAGAGAACAGUGUUUGCAGCAUGCAUUUAUCAUUAAAAAUUGUCUCAUAUAUGAAGAUCUGAGCAUGGCAGUGUCACUUAGAAUCAGUGUUGCAAUCAUGGUUACAUGUUUUGGUCGGCCUACACUUACUGGUGCACAUUCUCUUUCAUGGGGCACUGCCUGAAAAAGUGGCCUGUGUGAAAUUUUCAUUUACACCAAGAUUUCAAAUGAACAGUUGAAUGGAUUGACAAAUUUCUCGGCCAGAUUUUGAAUCAACUCCCUACCCCAUAGUUAUGCCAUUGCUUCUAAUCGAUGAGCACGAAUAGGGCAUCUCAAAAGAGCUCACUUGUUAUCUUGAAUUGAAAGAGCGCCCUCUAUGUGUAAACACUGCUGUUGCUUGCUUUGCUUCCAUGCUCAAUUUAUCCUCCCCCCUGUGUCUUGAAAUCAGGAAAGCAGUUGUCAGAAAUCUUUCUGUGGGUCAGUAAUUUCAUAGCUGUCUUAAGCACACUCAUGAAGUUUGUGCUAACACAGCCCCUGUCUAAUGUAUUGUAACAGAGACUGUAAGCAACUAAUUGCAUGACCAAAAGCAUCGUACUUGUUCACAGGCCGAAUUUACUUGGAAUAGUCAUGCAAGAUCAGAAAUCUCCAUUUUUUUAGUUUAGGCAUAUCCAUACACACUGAUUCAACUUUGGCAUUGUUAUUCUUACAAGUUGACACAACCUUUCCACUCUCUGUUCAGUGGAAUUGCCCCAAAGCUGUUCUAAUACUGGCCUUUUAGUUGUGUGUUCAUCAAACCCCAGUUCAUGUGGUUGGACGUAACUUGGCUCAGAUGUCACCAUGGUGUCCAUAAUUGCACAUUUAUACAUGCUAAGGAAGGUAUUCUCAUUUAGGUUUUGGGGCUGAUAAUCCAAUUUUAUAAUUCCAAGAUAUUUUUGGUAUAAGUGAAAUACAUGUAUUCAUUUGUUUUUGCAGUCACUUUCAACCACAGUUUGUUAAUAGUUUGCACACCACUGGCUGGAAGAAAUGUCAAUGGAUAAUGCACAGUCUCGAAAGAGAGCUUGGCCUUUAUGUUAGCAACAGGGCAACAAAAUCAUGUUGUGAUAACCUGUUUUUACUUUUUUGUCCUGUAAAUAUGCAGAGGUGAGCAGAACUGAUUGUUUCGUCUUUUUUUUCCGAUAACUUCUGCAUGUAAUUAAAAAAAAAUGGGGGGGGGAGAAGUUUGUUCCAAAAAAUCCCCCCCCCAAAAAAGCGCUGAGGAAACUUUAGUAAUUGAUUGACAGUGACAGCGUGGUACCUGUAAGGCAGUAGCCAAGUGAUGAUCAAUGUGAAUGAGACGGUGUUGGUGAGAUUCUGUAAAUGGCUCUGCAUAGAACACCAUCAGUCCAGGUUGAUGUGAGAAGAAAGUUAUUUCUUUGAAAAGAAGAGGAAGUUAUUUAGUUUCAACUUUGGUCUUCAUUCCAGAGCUCAAGACUAUCAUAGACCCAGCUAGAUCUUACUAAUCUCGUCAGAGCUAGCCAGAUCAAAUAAGGUCUUCCCGGAUGAGAUCUAAGCACUUCAUGGUUUAUAUCAUAUAUUUCCGGAGCUUAAUGGGCAUUAGUUGCAUUGGAUGUGAAAUUACAAAAUGUCUGAAAUGAUGACAGUUAUCCACAGCCCAGACAGAUGACAAUGCACUCUUGUGGGCUGUGCAUGAGGCCAAUAUCACGUGUAAAAUCUCUGUCUUUUCUACUUCUCUGAAACUGACAAGAGAUAUGUCACGCUAGCAACUGACUAAAAAUGGAGUCUGGUUUGUCCAGAUGUCCCAGAAGUUCAUUUUCUUGCCGAGCAGCCUUUUUAAUGGACAAGGAUCUUGGAGAAAUUUUGUUCUUUUUAAACAGUUUCAUUUUAACAUACUUAGGCUUUCACCGCCAUGUCUGUCCUUAAAACAUGUUUUGGAUAGGUUUAAGUAAAAUGCAGAGAAAUGUUUCUCUUUAUUGCUAAGUUACAGUAAAUAUUUUAGUAUUUGGGUAUCGUGCUUGAAGGAUGCAAAGGGAAUCCCUGUACCACACUGGCCGUGGAAAUGGGGGGUGGGGCAUCUUUGCAGGUCCUGUAAUUGGAUGGGACAGCAUGGAUCAACCUAUUUAAUAGCUGAUGCCUGAUGGUCUAACAACUGGCCCCCACUUAGAAAAUAAUUCCACCAUUGGUGCUUGAUUGAUGUGUUAAAAUUUGGCUAUCUAGUGUUUCCUGCCCCCCCCCAAAAAAAGGAAAAUCAAAACCAAAAUGCUAAAUAGGAGCGGUUAUUACUCAUAUUUUCACCAACUGAAAUGAGCUUUCUUUUCUAUAAAAAUACUGUGCUGUACUUUAAAUUGGUUUUUUCAUCUAUAUAAGCAAGGCUUUAAUAUUUUGUUUCAUUCUUAGACCUUGUUAUCACUAGACACAUGCCCCCCCCCAUCAUUUUUAAGUUUCCUAUCAGUCUAUACAAGGAAGUAUUACAGUUAGGUCCUCUUAAAAUCCAUCACAAGACCAACAAAAUACGUCAAGUCUGAAUUUCAAGACAGAGCCUAUUUAAAUGGACUGCAGCAAAUUUACAAAAGCAAUCCUUUGUCUCUAUUCACCCUGUUACUCAUGACUGGUUUUGGGAGUGGUCUCAUUUAUGACAUAUGAACUGUGUUGUAUUAUUUUCUAGCUCUAGUUACUAACAUUCGGUUAAAAUGUCGAGGGCUAGCAAUUAAAACAAAAGAAGACUUUAUUUUAUCGUUUAUGAAGUUCAAAGGUUUACUAGUAGAUAAAAGUUUAGAAUUGAAACAAAUUAUAUCGGAAUAUAUAGGAUUGGAAGAUCUUAUUUCACUGUCAGGGUUGCUGUAUAUGUGGAAAGAGCAGUACCCUUUAAAGAUUACCUGUAUUAUGCUCGUCAAAUACGUUUUUAUUUUCACUUUUCUGAAGAGGUGUGCCUCAGAUUUACCCACCAACCAAUCAAUAAAAGCCAAACUUACAAGUGAA